UGAUUGUGAUGUUUGAUGUGAUCAGCUGAUUUGCACUUUACCAUCUUUAGCAGACGUGUAGACAACACCGCAGUGACAACAUAACCUCACUUCACACCAGUCGCAGUUCUUCGAGCCAUUCGUGGGUAGUGACGGAGUGGGAGCGGGGAGAGAGGCUCCUUCAGCCGGGGAACUUGCUGGGAGCCGUCAGUGUAGCAGCAGCCAGCAGCAGUGACAGUGACAGUGCGCGCCAUGAGUGACGACGCGCGGCGAACAGUGACCGAAACGUCGACGGCCGCGACCGCGACUACAGUGGAACAGUCUAAGACAACCAAAAGUUCAGUGAUCAGUGGUUCCAAAGUGACAGUGUCCUCUUCCUCCUCGUCCCCCGUAAAGGACGCUAAACCUGGUAAGUCUUCCACACCCGAUAAGAAACUCUUGGCAGGCAAGAAGAAGAAGCAGGAUAAGGAGGUAAAGAUAGUCGGGGGUAAAUAUAUUAAAACAAUUGUUGAAGACGAAGGGGACGAUUCUGUCAGAAUUGUUGAGCUUCCGUCAGAUUACCCUUCUCCAGACACCACUCUCGCCGAGGGAGACGUGUAUGUUACUAGGUAUAUCGUUGACGAGUCCGGUACACAGAGUCCACACUUGUUGCGUUCCAUAUCGGUACCGUAUGAUACUAGCGAUGUAAUUUUCUCUCCAACAGUGACUUCCAGUACCGAUGGGGUUGAAUCAAAAAUCAAAACUGUAACUCAUGAACGUUUUGAUCAAAAUGGAAAAGCUGAAGGGUUUCGUAAAACUUAUUCUGGAGUCGCUCCCAGUGACGGUGUAGCCGUUGACUUAAAACAACAACCUGAAACGUACAAGGUCCAACAUCCUCCCAGUGUGAAAAUGGUUGGGGGUAAAAUAAUAAAGCUGUCAUCAAGUGAUUAUGAUGACUCAGCAAAUUUUAUUGCUAUGGAAAGAGGACAAAAUGUGGUUCAGUCUAGGUCUUCCGAUAAAUCCUAUGUGCAUUCCUCUGUCCAGGAAACUUCUCGGAAAUCGGAUUCAUUCGUUUCCUCUAGGGAAGUGUCUUCUUCGGACAAAAUUUUUUCUGAAUCUCAAGUCGUUCAUAAUUUGGCUCAUGAAAAUGUUAUCAAUGUACACGGAAGAACUAGUGGAAUGACACAACAUCAGAUAACAAAAGGUUCUAGCUUAAAUGAUACUAUCAAUGUUUCAUCUUCAAGUCAAGAGUUGUCCUCAAAAUCAGAAUCCUUUGUUUCUAAGAGUACAUCUUCCCAAGAUAUUUCGUCUUUCGAUAACAAAACAAUUCAAAAAUCUAUAUCAGACAAAACUAAUGUAGGAGUAGAAAGAAAGUCCAAUGAUUCUGUUAGUGUAAGAGAUCAGCAAAUACUAAGCAAGGACCAUAAGUCACAGUCUUCUCAAAGUAUAGUCUCUCAAACAUCUGCUAGCAAGAAGACAUCGGCUGUGUCUUCUACAGUGGCACAAUCUUCUAAGAGUAUAUCUAGUGUUAAAACUGGAGGGAAAGUCAUCAGAACUUCUCAAGUGUAUGUGAUCGAUUCUAAAGGUAAUAAAAAGCUGGUCUCACAAGAUAAGAGUGAAGACAAUGUGCCUUCUGAAGAAAAACAAAUCGUUGACGAGUAUGCAUCUGUUCAGUCUGAUCAGCAAAUUUCUGUAGAGGAAAGCUACUCAUCUACAUUAGCUCACCAAGCAUCAAAAGACAGUAAGAUUGGUUCAAAAUCCAUCAUCAGCCAGUCUAAAUUUGAUGAAUCUGCAAUUUCUAAAGAGCUUAAUAAAUCAAUUAGUUCAACUAGUGUAACUGAAUCGCGCAAUGAGUCGUUACAAAGCUCAGUGUCUUCAACAACUCACAGUUCUCAACGAGUCAUCAGUGACUCAAACUUAUCUAAUGUUCCUGGUGUUAGAUAUAUCACUGUGCCAACAGCAGAUGGUAAAGGUCAAGUUGUUGAGGAGGUUGUAAGGAUGAUUGGAGGUAAGAUUGUCAAAAGCAGAAAAAUAGUAGAGGGCCCUAUUCCACCUACUGCUACAGAAGGAACAGGUCAGUCUUACUUUAUUAACGAAAGUGGAGAAAAAGUGUAUGUGAUUAGUCAGCCAAUAAACGAAAACAUUUCUCAACAUGAACGAUUAAACACUAGUGAUUCAUCUAAUAUGCAAGAGUCUAGUAAAACAUUCAUCAUCAAUGAAAAGGGAGAACGUUUCUUAUUUGAUGAUAAGAUAUCAGAUAUAUCCCAUAUUGAUAAACACGAUAAUACAAUAACACGUACAGAGGUCGAUGCAGAUGGAUUUUCCCGCACCAUGAAUGAUAAUGUUACAAAAGUGUUUAGUGACGAAAGUAAUGAGCAUGUAGAGAGUAGAACAGUGGAUAAAAAAUACACAAGUGGUACUUCAAACAUUGUGUCUUCAUCAUCUCAGAAAACAAAGAGUGGUCUAUCAUCCCAUAUGACUGGGGGGCAGAUAAUCAGAACAAAAACUGUUAUUGUCGAUGGAAAACCAAUUACAACAACUUAUGUUGAAGAUAUACCUGGAACAACAAUGUAUGAGGAAGAACAUACUUCAGAAAAAUCUGAAAUCAUUCCUGGCACUAAAACAUCUAAAGCUAUUAAAGAAAGUUCAUUCGAUGAUACAGUUACUUCAUCGUCUGGGUUAGUUCGUAAACAAAAUUACAGAACGGAAGAAGUCGUGAAAAUGGUAGGAGGGAAACUUGUAAAAACCACCCGAGUAAUAUACGACGAACCAGCCGAUGUAUCUGAUGCAGCACAUGAGAAACAUUCAACUGUAACAUCAACAAAAACUAUUCAAAACUUGUCACAUGAAACCCCCCUGAAGGAAUCAAGAGAUUUAAGAGAUAUCUCCCGUAAUACAGUAAAAGAGUUCAGACAUGGAGACCAAGAUAAUAUUACAGAAAGUGUACAUAGUACUGAAGAGACAAGGUCAGACUAUGGCGAAAAAAGUACAAGCCAAAGUUAUAGAAGCGUGUCCUCUAAAGUUGCUGUAGAAGAAAGUACAAGUACAACAUCAGAGAGCAUUGACCAACAACACUACAGUACUAAAACAUCUGUAUUUGACAAAAACAGACAAAUAGAAAAGAAUGAAAAUAUUAGUAGAAAAUAUGGUAUUGAAGAGUCAACCACAUUUCAUGACAUGACUGAAGGGAAGCACUCAGAUGAAAAGCCAGGACUUCAAAAGAAUGUUCAAUAUAACCGCGAAAUAAAAGCAAAAGAAACGCUAGGAACUGAAAAAAUUAUAACUGGACUUCAAAAAACAUCAGAAGUAGUGAAAAUGGUAGGGGGAAAGCUAGUCAAAACGAUGGUAAUAGUAGAUGAUGCAAGGGCUACCAACGAACAAGAGGGUCACAUUACUACUUAUGGAAAAAAUCCUCUUCCAGCUGCUGGAAAACAACCGAAAGGAGAUAGGAUUGUAAGUAUAGAGCCUUUUGAUAAAUAUCCAGAUGAGGAAGAACCAACUGAAAAAUAUCCUAGUAGUACGUAUGGAAAACCAAGAGAUAAACCACAUGGUAUCCAACCAGAUAAAAAGUCACGAAAACCUGCUGAACCUGAAGAUUUGUUUUUAAAAUCUAGAAAACCAUCUGAAACUGACUUUAAUACGUCUGAAACUACUCACACGACAGAAGUCGUGAAAAUGGUGGGUGGGAAAUUAGUGAAAACAACAGUUUUCGUGGACGAUAGAAGAGUCACUGAUGAAACUGAAUCUCACGUAACUACAUUUGAGAAAAAACCACUUCCAGCCGCUGGCAAACCAAGUAAACCAGUUGACAAGUUUGGAAAGCCUAUAGAAGAAGAAAAGAUACCGAAGGAACCCACUGACAAGAAACCGAAAAAUGAAAAAGAAGAACCGUCCGGAAAACCAGCAGCUGGUGUUCCUAGCAAACCUAAAUCGAAACCUGAAGACCAGAUAAAAAUGGUUGAGCCAUAUGACAAAUAUCCAAAAGAUGGGAAAGAACACACUAAGAAAUCUCCUGCUGGGACACCUGGAAAACCAAGAGAUAAACCAGAUAGUUUUCAACCCGAUAAAAAGUCACGAAAACCUGGUGAACCAGAAGAUUUAUUUUUGGAACCCAGAAAAUCAUCCGAUACAGACUUUAUUACGUCUGAAACUACUCACACUACAGAAGUUAUGAAAAUGGUUGGAGGGAAAUUAGUGAAAACCACUGUUUUCGUAGAAGAUAGAAGAAGCACAGAUGAAACGGAAUCUCAUCACACUACAGUCACCAAAAAACCACUCCCAGCUGCUGGGAAACCAAGUAAACCAGUGGACAAGUUUGGAAGGCCAAUAGAAGAUAACAAGCAUCCAACAAAGGAACUCUCAUCAAAGAAACCACAAGAAAAAGAGGAAAUGUACAAAACUGCAGCAUUUGAUAGUCCUAUGGUAACAAAACAACCGAAAGGAGAUAGGAUUGUAAGUAUAGAGCCAUUUGAUAAAUAUCCAGAUGAGAAAGAACCAACUGAAAAAUCUCCUAGUAGUACGUACGGAAAACCAAGAGAUAAACCACAAGGUAUCCAACCAGAUAAAAAGUCACAAAAACCUAGUGAACCUGAAGAUUUGUUUGUAAAACCAAGAGAACCAUCUGAAACUGACUUUACUACGUCUGAAACUACUCACACGACAGAAGUUGUGAAAAUGGUGGGUGGGAAAUUAGUGAAAACAACAGUUUUCGUGGACGAUAGAAGAGUCACUGAUGAAACUGAAUCUCACGUAACUACAUUUGAGAAGAAACCACUUCCGGCCGCUGGUAAACCAAGUAAACCAGUUGACAAGUUUGGAAAGCCUCUAGAAGAAGAAAAGAUACCGAAGGAACCCACUGACAAGAAACCGAAAAAAGAAAAAGAAGAACCAUCCGGAAAACCAGCAGCUGGUGUUCCUAGUAAACCUAAAUCGAAACCUGAAGAUCAGAUAAAAAUGGUUGAGCCAUAUGAAAAGCAUCCAAAAGAUGAUAAAGAACCUACAAAGAAAUCUCCUGCUGGGACACCUGGAAAACCAAGAGAUAAACCAGAAGAUUUGUUUUUGGAACCAAGAAAACCAUCCGAAACUGACUAUACUACAUCUGAAACUACUCACACGACAGAAGUCGUAAAAAUGGUGGGUGGGAAAUUAGUGAAAACAACAGUUUUCGUGGACGAUAGAAGAGUCACUGAUGAAACUGAAUCUCACGUAACUACAUUUGAGAAGAAACCACUUCCAGCCGCUGGAAAACCAAGUAAACCAGUUGACAAGUUUGGAAAGCCUAUAGAAGAAGAUGAGGCACCGAAGAAACCCAUCGACAAGAAACCGAAAAAAGGAAAAGAAGAACCAUCCGGAAAACCAGCAGCUGGUGUUCCUAGCAAACCUAAAUCGAUACCUGAAGACCAGAUAAAAAUGGUUGAGCCAUAUGGCAAAUAUCCAAAAGAUGAGAAAGAACCUACAAAGAAAUCUCCUGCUGGGACACCUGGAAAACCAAGAGACAAACCAGAUAGUUUACAACCCGAUAAAAAGUCACGAAAACCUGGUGAACCAGAAGAUUUAUUUUUGGAACCCAGAAAAUCAUCCGAUACAGACUUUAUUACGUCUGAAACUACUCACACUACAGAAGUUAUGAAAAUGGUUGGUGGGAAAUUAGUGAAAACCACUGUUUUCGUAGAAGAUAGAAGAAGCACAGAUGAAACGGAAUCUCAUCACACUACAGUCAUCAAAAAAACACUCCCAGCUGCUGGGAAACCAAGUAAACCAGUGGACAAGUUUGGAAGGCCAAUAGAAGAUAACAAGCAUCCAACAAAGGAACUCACAUCAAUAAAACCACAAAAAAAAGAGGAAUUGUACAAAACUUCAGCACCUGAGAGUCCUAAGGAAACAAAACAACCGAAAGGAGAUAGGAUUGUAAGUAUAGAGCCUUUUGAUAAAUAUCCAGAUGAGAAAGAACCAACUGAAAAAUCUCCUAGUAGAACGUACGGAAAACCAAGAGAUAAACCACAAGGUAUCCAACCAGAUAAAAAGUCACGAAAACCUGGUGAACCUGAAGAUUUGUUUGUAAAACCAAGAGAACCAUCUGAAACUGACUUUACUACGUCUGAAACUACUCACACGACAGAAGUUGUGAAAAUGGUGGGUGGGAAAUUAGUGAAAACAACCGUUUUCGUGGACGAUAGAAGAGUCACUGAUGAAACUGAAUCUCACGUAACUACAUUUGAGAAGAAACCACAUCCAGCCGCUGGUAAACCAAGUAAACCAGUUGACAAGUUUGGAAAGCCUGUAGAAGAAGAAAAGAUACCGAAGGAACCCACUGACAAGAAACCGAAAAAAGAAAAAGAAGAACCAUCCGGAAAACCAGCAGCUGGUGUUCCUAGCAAACCUAAAUCGAUACCUGAAGACCAGAUAAAAAUGGUUGAGCCAUAUGACAAAUAUCCAAAAGAUGAGAAAGAACCUACAAAGAAAUCUCCUGCUGGGACACCUGGAAAACCAAGAGAUAAACCAGAUAGUUUACAACCCGAUAAAAAGUCACGAAAACCUGGUGAACCAGAAGAUUUAUUUUUGGAACCCAAAAAAUCAUCCGAUACAGACUUUAUUACGUCUGAAACUACUCACACUACAGAAGUUAUGAAAAUGGUUGGUGGGAAAUUAGUGAAAACCACUGUUUUCGUAGAAGAUAGAAGAAGCACAGAUGAAACGGAAUCUCAUCACACUACAGUCAUCAAAAAACCACUCCCAGCUGCUGGGAAACCAAGUAAACCAGUGGACAAGUUUGGAAGGCCAAUAGAAGAUAACAAGCAUCCAAUAAAGGAACUCACAUCAAUAAAACCACAAGAAAAAGAGGAAUUGUACAAAACUUCAGCACCUGAUAGUCCUAAGGAAACAAAACAACCGAAAGGAGAUAGGAUUGUAAGUAUAGAGCCUUUUGAUAAAUAUCCAGAUGAGAAAGAGCCAACUGAAAAAUCUCCUAGUAGAACGUACGGAAAACCAAGAGAUAAACCACAAGGUAUCCAACCAGAUAAAAAGUCACGAAAACCUGGUGAACCUGAAGAUUUAUUUGUAAAACCAAGAGAACCAUCUGAAACUGACUAUACUACAUCUGAAACUACUCACACGGCAGAAGUUGUGAAAAUGGUGGGUGGGAAAUUAGUGAAAACAACAGUUUUCGUAGAUGAUAGAAGAGUCACUGAUGAAACUGAAUCUCACGUAACCACAUUUGAGAAGAAACCACUUCCAGCCGCUGGUAAACCAAGUAAACCAGUUGACAAGUUUGGAAAACCUGUAGAAGAAGAUAAGAUACCGAAGGAACCCACUGACAAGAAACCGAAAAAAGAAAAAGAAGAACCAUCCGGAAAACCAGCAGCUGGUGUUCCUAGUAAACCUAAAUCGAAACCUGAAGAUCAGAUAAAAAUGGUUGAGCCAUAUGAAAAACAUCCAAAAGAUGAUAAAGAACCUACAAAGAAAUCUCCAGCUGGGACACCUGGAAAACCAAGAGAUAAACCAGAAGAUUUGUUUUUGGAACCAAGAAAACCAUCUGACACUGACUAUACUACAUCUGAAACUACUCACACGACAGAAGUUGUGAAAAUGGUGGGUGGGAAAUUAGUGAAAACAACAUUUUUCGUGGACGAUAGAAGAGUCACUGAUGAAACUGAAUCUCACGUAACUACAUUUGAGAAGAAACCACUUCCAGCCGCUGGUAAACCAAGUAAACCAGUUGACAAGUUUGGAAAGCCUGUAGAAGAAGAUAAGAUACCGAAGGAACCCACUGACAAGAAACCUAAAAAAGAAAAGGAAGAACCAUCCGGAAAACCAGCAGCUGGUGUUCCUAGUAAACCUAAAUCGAAACCUGAAGAUCAGAUAAAAAUGGUUGAGCCAUAUGAAAAACAUCCAAAAGAUGAUAAAGAACCUACAAAGAAAUCUACUGCUGGGACACCUGGAAAACCAAGAGAUAAACCAGAAGAUUUGUUUUUGGAACCAAGAAAACCAUCUGACACUGACUAUACUACAUCUGAAACUACUCACACGACAGAAGUUGUGAAAAUGGUGGGUGGGAAAUUAGUGAAAACAACAGUUUUCGUGGACGAUAGAAGAGUCACUGAUGAAACUGAAUCUCACGUAACUACAUUUGAGAAGAAACCACUUCCAGCCGCUGGUAAACCAAGUAAACCAGUUGACAAGUUUGGAAAGCCUGUAGAAGAAGAUAAGAUACCGAAGGAACCCACUGACAAGAAACCUAAAAAAGAAAAGGAAGAACCAUCCGGAAAACCAGCAGCUGGUGUUCCUAGUAAACCUAAAUCGAAACCUGAAGAUCAGAUAAAAAUGGUUGAGCCAUAUGAAAAACAUCCAAAAGAUGAUAAAGAACCUACAAAGAAAUCUCCUGCUGGGACACCUGGAAAACCAAGAGAUAAACCAGAAGAUUUGUUUUUGGAACCAAGAAAACCAUCUGACACUGACUAUACUACAUCUGAAACUACUCACACGACAGAAGUUGUGAAAAUGGUGGGUGGGAAAGUAGUGAAAACAACAGUUUUCGUGGACGAUAGAAGAGUCACUGAUGAAACUGAAUCUCACGUAACUACAUUUGAGAAGAAACCACUUCCAGCCGCUGGUAAACCAAGUAAACCAGUUGACAAGUUUGGAAAGCCUGUAGAAGAAGAUAAGACACCGAAGGAACCCACUGACAAGAAACCUAAAAAAGAAAAGGAAGAACCAUCCGGAAAACCAGCAGCUGGUGUUCCUAGUAAACCUAAAUCGAAACCUGAAGAUCAGAUAAAAAUGGUUGAGCCAUAUGAAAAACAUCCAAAAGAUGAUAAAGAACCUACAAAGAAAUCUCCUGCUGGGACACCUGGAAAACCAAGAGAUAAACCAGAAGAUUUGUUUUUGGAACCAAGAAAACCAUCUGACACUGACUAUACUACAUCUGAAACUACUCACACGACAGAAGUUGUGAAAAUGGUGGGUGGGAAAUUAGUGAAAACAACCGUUUUCGUGGACGAUAGAAGAGUCACUGAUGAAACUGAAUCUCACAUAACUACAUUUGAGAAGAAACCACUUCCAGCCGCUGGUAAACCAAGUAAACCAGUUGACAAGUUUGGAAAGCCUGUAGAAGAAGAUAAGAUACCGAAGGAACCCACUGACAAGAAACCUAAAAAAGAAAAGGAAGAACCAUCCGGAAAACCAGCAGCUGGUGUUCCUAGUAAACCUAAAUCGAAACCUGAAGAUCAGAUAAAAAUGGUUGAGCCAUAUGAAAAACAUCCAAAAGAUGAUAAAGAACCUACAAAGAAAUCUCCUGCUGGGACACCUGGAAAACCAAGAGAUAAACCAGAAGAUUUGUUUUUGGAACCAAGAAAACCAUCUGACACUGACUAUACUACAUCUGAAACUACUCACACGACAGAAGUUAUGAAAAUGGUGGGUGGGAAAUUAGUGAAAACAACCGUUUUCGUGGACGAUAGAAGAGUCACUGAUGAAACUGAAUCUCACAUAACUACAUUUGAGAAGAAACCACUUCCAGCCGCUGGUAAACCAAGUAAACCAGUUGACAAGUUUGGAAAGCCUGUAGAAGAAGAUAAGAUACCGAAGGAACCCACUGACAAGAAACCUAAAAAAGAAAAGGAAGAACCAUCCGGAAAACCAGCAGCUGGUGUUCCUAGUAAACCUAAAUCGAAACCUGAAGAUCAGAUAAAAAUAGUUGAGCCAUAUGAAAAACAUCCAAAAAAUGAUAAAGAACCUACAAAGAAAUCUCCAGCUGGGACACCUGGAAAACCAAGAGAUAAACCAGAUGGUUUUCAACCAGAUAAAAAGUCAAGAAAACCUGGUGAACCUGAAGAUUUGUUUUUGGAACCAAGAAAACCAUCUGACACUGACUAUACUACAUCUGAAACUACUCACACGACAGAAGUUGUGAAAAUGGUGGGUGGGAAAUUAGUGAAAACAACAGUUUUCGUGGACGAUAGAAGAGUCACUGAUGAAACUGAAUCUCACGUAACUACAUUUGAGAAGAAACCACUUCCAGCCGCUGGUAAACCAAGUAAACCAGUUGACAAGUUUGGAAAGCCUGUAGAAGAAGAUAAGAUACCGAAGGAACCCACUGACAAGAAACCUAAAAAAGAAAAGGAAGAACCAUCCGGAAAACCAGCAGCUGGUGUUCCUAGUAAACCUAAAUCGAAACCUGAAGAUCAGAUAAAAAUGGUUGAGCCAUAUGAAAAACAUCCAAAAGAUGAUAAAGAACCUACAAAGAAAUCUCCUGCUGGGACACCUGGAAAACCAAGAGAUAAACCAGAAGAUUUGUUUUUGGAACCAAGAAAACCAUCUGACACUGACUAUACUACAUCUGAAACUACUCACACGACAGAAGUUGUGAAAAUGGUGGGUGGGAAAGUAGUGAAAACAACAGUUUUCGUGGACGAUAGAAGAGUCACUGAUGAAACUGAAUCUCACGUAACUACAUUUGAGAAGAAACCACUUCCAGCCGCUGGUAAACCAAGUAAACCAGUUGACAAGUUUGGAAAGCCUGUAGAAGAAGAUAAGACACCGAAGGAACCCACUGACAAGAAACCUAAAAAAGAAAAGGAAGAACCAUCCGGAAAACCAGCAGCUGGUGUUCCUAGUAAACCUAAAUCGAAACCUGAAGAUCAGAUAAAAAUGGUUGAGCCAUAUGAAAAACAUCCAAAAGAUGAUAAAGAACCUACAAAGAAAUCUCCUGCUGGGACACCUGGAAAACCAAGAGAUAAACCAGAAGAUUUGUUUUUGGAACCAAGAAAACCAUCUGACACUGACUAUACUACAUCUGAAACUACUCACACGACAGAAGUUGUGAAAAUGGUGGGUGGGAAAUUAGUGAAAACAACCGUUUUCGUGGACGAUAGAAGAGUCACUGAUGAAACUGAAUCUCACAUAACUACAUUUGAGAAGAAACCACUUCCAGCCGCUGGUAAACCAAGUAAACCAGUUGACAAGUUUGGAAAGCCUGUAGAAGAAGAUAAGAUACCGAAGGAACCCACUGACAAGAAACCUAAAAAAGAAAAGGAAGAACCAUCCGGAAAACCAGCAGCUGGUGUUCCUAGUAAACCUAAAUCGAAACCUGAAGAUCAGAUUAAUAAGUUUGAGCCACUUUAUAAACAUCCAACUGAUACCAUAGAACCAACAAAGAAAUCGGGGGCUCCUGGAGCUUUCUCUGAGAGACCUAAAUUGCCUGAAAAGCCUAAACAACCUGCUGGAAAACCAAGUCAACCUAUCGAUAAAUUUGGAAGACCUUUAGACUUAUUUGAAGAACCUAAACAGCCCCAGAAACCUCAAAUUGAUAGGUCUAAAGAGCCUGAGGACAGAAUUGUUCCUCUACCGAAAGAUGAACCCGACAGAGUGUCAGUGGUAGGGACUCAUAUCCAGACAUCGAAGACGUCAACUUCAUCGACUGUUGUCCAAGAAGCCACUUCUGCCUCAACUGAAUCUAUUAUAAGGAAAGGUGUGAGGAGAAUCAUAACUGACAAGGGUGUCGUGGAGGAGAUUUUGCCAGAGACAGUAGUUAUUCGUAAAACUAGUGAUGCAGAAGAUAUCCGCAAGCAAUCAUUUGUUGUCCACGAGGACACCAAGGUUGGUACCACAGUAUACACAACUCAUAAGGAUGUUAGAGAAAUUCAACCAAAGGAUAAAAAACCAUUGGAGGACAGGCCUAAGGAACCGAAAGAACCAAAGGAUAAGAAACCGAAAGAACCAACCGAGUUGAAGGAGAAGAAGCCUAAGGAACCCAAGGAGCCUAAACCGGCGAAGGAGCAAUGCAUCUGCGAGAUUUGCACUUGUGGACGGCAUCGCUGCCCCCAUGGACCCUACAGUGAGGGUCCACCCCUGGACUGGCAGCCAGAGCCUCUUCCUGAGCACUCACUUCUCCAAGAAGAGUUCCGACCCUUCGCUCCUGGAGAAGUCCAUCGGCCCAAACUUCAGCGGCUCCACACUGAGCUAGAGCUACCUUCAGGGCCUCUAGAUGCUACCACUGCCUACACCCGUGACUACCCCGAGAAACAUGCUGAACGCCCUCACAGGUACAGGGUAGAAGAUAAUCUCCAUCCUGAAGGAGAUUUCGAACGACCCGAACCUGAGAAGUAUGGCCCAGGAGAACGAGCUCCGAUCAUCAAACAUCCCGACAACCUUCGAGUGGAGGGAGACUUCGAGAGACCAGAGCGAGAGCCCUUCAGACCUGCUGAGCGACCCAGGCAGGUCAAGCCCUCUGAUAAUCUGCGGCCGGAAGGUGAAUUUGAGACUCCUCAAAAGGAGCCUUAUAGACCUGCAGAACGGCCUAAACAGGUGAAACCUUCUGAUAACUUAAAGCCAGAAGGAGAUUUUGAAACUCCUGAAAAAGAACCGUUCAGGCCAGCUGAGAGACCAAAGCAGGUGAAACCAACAGACAAUUUAAGGCCUGAGGGUGAUUUUGAAACACCUAAAAAGGAACCUUUUAGACCUGCAGAAAGACCAAAACAGGUCAAGCCAACUGACAAUUUGAGACCUGAAGGUGAUUUUGAAACACCUCAAAAGGAACCAUUCAGACCUGCUGAGAGACCAAAACAGAUCAAACCAACAGACAACUUAAGACCUGAAGGGGAUUUUGAAACCCCUCACAAAGAACCAUUUAGACCUGCAGAGAGGCCAAAACAAGUUAAACCAACAGACAAUCUAAGACCUGAAGGUGAUUUUGAAACUCCUCACAAAGAACCAUUUAGACCUGCUGAGAGGCCAAAACAAGUUAAACCAACAGACAAUCUAAGACCUGAAGGUGAUUUUGAAACUCCAGAAAAAGAACCUUUUAGACCUGCAGAAAGACCAAAGCAAGUCAAGCCCACUGACAAUCUGAGACCUGAGGGUGACUUUGAAACCCCUCAAAAAGAACCUUUCAGACCUGCUGAGAGACCAAAACAGAUCAAACCAACAGACAACUUAAGACCUGAAGGUGAUUUUGAAACUCCUCAAAAAGAACCAUUUAGACCUGCUGAGAGGCCAAAACAGAUUAAACCAACAGACAAUCUAAGACCUGAAGGUGAUUUUGAAACUCCUCACAAAGAACCAUUUAGACCUGCUGAGAGGCCAAAACAGAUCAAACCAACAGAUAAUUUAAGACCUGAAGGUGAUUUUGAAACUCCUCAAAAAGAACCCUUCCGGCCAGCAGACAGACCUAAACAAAUCAAGCCUACAGACAACUUGAAACCAGAGGGUGAAUUUGAAACACCACAGAAGGAACCGUUCAGACCUGCAGACAGGCCAAAAGCAGUGAAGCCGACCGAUAACUUAAAACCCGAAGGAGACUUCGAACGACCAGAACAACCAAAAGCUCCUACUAGAGGGGAACGAGCACCUAUCAAGAAGCCAGAGGAUAAUUUGGCACCUCUAGGAGAGUUCACAGGAGUUACCACGAAACAGUUGGAGUUCACAGGACAGCCAGGAGAGCGUCCUGUGUUGGUACGCCGCAACACCUUUACGAAGCUGGAGGGUGAUUUCGAGUCUGAAACUACGAGUCGUAGUGAGUUCAGGCAGUUCGACCAGACCACUCGCACUGAGAUUGUGCGACGCCGUGACGAUAAUCUCACCGUGGGCGAAGGAAAAUUUACUGUAACUUCGCGAACCCAAGAGGAUUACCCAGAGCGCAGACCAACCAAGCCUGAGAAACCCAAGAAGCUGAAGGACAAUAUAAUCACUGAGAAUGGAGAGACUCACUUUGAAACCAGUAGCCACGAGGCGUUCACAGAGCACCACUUCAUUGAUCGUGUGGAGGUGACAAAACGAACUGACAACCUUACCACUGAGGGGACAAUGAUCUUUGAGACAUCAUCAAAAACUGAUUUCAUUGAAAAGACUCCUGAGCCUGUAAAACCAACACGCAGACGAACUUGGACGAAACAAGAUGGAGAGAGAUUCUUUGAAACAACCAACUCAGAAGAAUUCAAGCAACACCCGAUAACUCAAGUGACACAAUAUAUCUUGCGAGACAACCUGACAACAGAGGAAGGGAUAUUUGAGAGUAACACAACGUCUAAAGAUGUGUAUAAAACAUACAAAGUGGAUAGACCAAAACCAACUAAACCAAAAGACAAUUUGAAACCAGAGGGCGAGUUUGAAAGACCUAAGGAAGAAAAGGUAGGGCCUGCUGAAAGGCCUAAACCAAUCAAACCAUCUGACAAUUUAAAACCAGAAGGAGAAUUUGAAAGGCCAAAGAAAGAAAAGGUUAGUCCUGGUGAGAGACCAAAACCGAUCAAACCUUCUGAUAAUCUUAAGCCAGAAGGGGACUUUGAAAGACCAACACCUCAGAAAGUUGGACCCGGUGAAAGAGCUGAAAUUGUUCGCCAUCCUGAUAACUUAAAACCUGAAGGAGAUUUUGCUAAACGUCCAAAAGAUGAAACACCACUGAAAGGAGAAAGAGCUCCCGUCAUUAAGCAUAGAGACAAUUUAUUUCCAGAGGGUGAUUUUGAACGACCAGAAAAUGACUUCACACCAAAGAAAGGUGAAAGAGCUCCAGUAAUAAAACCCAAGGAUAACUUAAAACCGGAAGGAGAGUUUGAUAGGCCAACCCCAGAAAAGUUCAGUCCAGCUGAAAGACAACAGCCUUUCAAGCCUCAUGAUAAUCUGAAACCAGAAGGAGAUUUUACCCGCAGACCAAAAGAAGACACGCCAAUCAAAGGAGAAAGAGCACCAGUUGUGAAACCAAAGGAUAAUUUAAGGCCUGAGGGUGAAUUUGAAAGGCCAGAGCCAGAAGAUUAUUAUCCCUCUGAAAGACCAAAACCUGUAAAACCUUUAGAUAAUUUGAGACCUGAAGGAGAGUUUGAAAAACGACACCAUGAGCCUUAUAAACCGGCUGAAAGACCUGAGAUUAUAAGGCAUCCUGACAACCUGAAACCAGAAGGAACAUUUGAAACUAGACCUAAAGAAAAAGCUCCAACAAAGGGAGAAAGGGCUCCUGUAGUCAAACCAAAAGACAAUCUUAAACCUGAAGGUGAUUUUGAAAAAAGGCAUUAUGAACCAUCACCUAAAGGUGAGAGAGCACCUGUAGUAAAGCCCAAAGAUAAUUUAAAGCCAGAAGGAGAAUUUGAAAGACCCACGCACAAAGAAUUCACACCUACGGAGAGACCUAAAGCUGUAAAACCAACAGAUAACUUAAAACCUGAAGGAGAAUUUGAAAGGCCUAAACCAGAAGAAUACACACCAUCCAAAAGACCACAACCAGUAAAACCCACAGAUAAUUUGAAACCUGAAGGAGAAUUUGAAAGACCUGUUCCACAGAAGGUUCGUCCUGGGGAAAGGGCUGAAAUUGUUAAACACCCAGAUAAUCUUAAACCAGAGGGUGAAUUCGUUGGUAGGCCAAAAGAAAAGGCGCCAACCUAUGGUGAAAGAGCUCCAGUUGUCAAGCCAAAAGACAAUCUAUAUCCUGAAGGUGAAUUUCAGCGGCCAGAGCCUGAAGAUUAUUAUCCUGCUGAAAGACCGAAAGCCAUUAGACCUCAUGAUAAUUUGAGACCGGAGGGUGAGUUUGAAAAACGCUAUCCAGAAUCUUACAAACCUGCUGAACGUCCAGAAAUAAUAAGACACCCCGAUAAUCUAAAACCUGAAGGAGAAAUUGAUUACAAGCCAAAGGAAAAGGCUCCAACAAAGGGAGAUAGAGCGCCUAUUGUUAAACCUAAGGAUAAUCUAUAUCCAGAAGGGGAAUUUGAAAAGAGGCAUCCUGAGCCAACACCUCAUGGUGAAAGAGCACCUGUGGUUAAACCAAAAGAUAACUUGUGGCCAGAAGGAGAGUUUGAGAGACCAAAGCCAGAAGAAUAUACACCUACAAAGAGGCCUAAGGCAGUAAAACCAACUGACAAUCUUAAACCAGAGGGUGAGUUCGAGAGGCCUACUCCUGAAAAAGUUCGUCCAGGAGAACGAGCAGAAAUUGUUCGGCAUCCUGACAACCUUAAACCAGAAGGAGAUUUUAUUGGAAGGCCCAAAGAGAAAGCACCUACAUAUGGAGAAAGAGCACCAGUGGUUAAACCUAAGGAUAAUCUUUAUCCAGAGGGAGAUUUCCAGAGACCUGAACCUGAAGACUAUUACCCUGCUGAAAGGCCGAAACCAAUUCGACCAAAUGACAACUUAAAGCCUGAGGGUGAAUUUGAAAAACGCUAUCCUGAUGCAUAUAGACCAGCUGAACGACCUGAAAUCAUCAGACAUCCAGAUAAUUUGAAACCAGAGGGAGAGUUUGAAAGCAGACCUAAAGAAAAGGUUCCCCUUAAGGGCGAAAGAGCUCCAGUUGUAAAACCUAAAGAUAAUUUGAAACCUGAAGGUGAAUUUGAGAAGCGUCAUCAUGAACCAAUACCACAUGGUGAACGAGCUCCUGUUGUCAAGCCAAAAGACAAUCUAAGGCCUGAAGGUGAAUUUGAAAGACCAAAACCAGAGGAGUACACUCCUACAAAGAGACCUAAACCAGUGAAACCCUCUGACAAUCUGAAGCCUGAAGGUGAGUUUGAGAGACCAACUCCAGAAAAAGUACGACCAGGAGAGCGUGCAGAAAUAGUAAGGCAUCCUGACAAUCUGAAACCUGAAGGCGACUUUAUUGGCAGGCCAAAAGAAAAGGCACCUACUCAUGGAGAAAGAGCUCCAGUGGUUAAACCUAAAGAUAACUUGUAUCCCGAAGGUGAAUUCCAGAGACCAGAGCCUGAAGAUUAUUAUCCUGCUGAAAGACCGAAAGCCAUUAGACCUCAUGAUAAUUUGAGACCGGAGGGUGAGUUUGAAAAACGCUAUCCAGAAUCUUACAAACCUGCUGAACGUCCAGAAAUAAUAAGACACCCCGAUAAUCUGAAACCUGAAGGAGAAAUUGAUUACAAGCCAAAGGAAAAGGCUCCAACAAAGGGAGAUAGAGCGCCUAUUGUUAAACCUAAGGAUAAUCUAUAUCCAGAAGGGGAAUUUGAAAAGAGGCAUCCUGAGCCAACACCUCAUGGUGAAAGAGCACCCGUGGUUAAACCAAAAGAUAACUUGUGGCCAGAAGGAGAGUUUGAGAGACCAAAGCCAGAAGAAUAUACACCUACAAAGAGGCCUAAGGCAGUAAAACCAACUGACAAUCUUAAACCAGAGGGUGAGUUCGAGAGGCCUACUCCUGAAAAAGUUCGUCCAGGAGAACGAGCAGAAAUUGUUCGGCAUCCUGACAACCUUAAACCAGAAGGAGAUUUUAUUGGAAGACCCAAAGAGAAAGCGCCUACAUAUGGAGAAAGAGCACCAGUGGUUAAACCUAAGGAUAAUCUUUAUCCAGAGGGAGAUUUCCAGAGACCUGAACCUGAAGACUAUUAUCCUGCCGAAAGGCCGAAACCAAUUCGUCCAUAUGACAACUUAAAGCCUGAGGGUGAAUUUGAAAAACGCUAUCCUGAUGCAUACAGACCAGCUGAACGACCUGAAAUCAUCAGACAUCCAGAUAAUCUAAAACCAGAGGGAGAAUUUGAAAGGAGACCAAAGGAAAAGGUUCCUCUCAAGGGUGAAAGAGCACCAGUGGUUAAGCCCAAAGACAACUUAUAUCCAGAAGGUGAGUUUGAACGCCCUGAAUUAAUACCAUAUGGGCCAGGAGAAAGACAAAAACCAAUAAAACCAAGUGACAAUUUAAGACCGGAGGGUGAUUUUGAACGACCUGAGAAACCUAAGUAUGGUCCAGGAGACAGAGCUGAGAUUAUUCGACAUCCAGACAACUUGAAACCUGAAGGAGAAUUUACUAGACCAGUUCGUGAAAAGGUAGGACCUGGAGAACGCCCUAAGGCAGUAAAGCCAAUGGAUAACUUGAAGCCUGAAGGAGAGUUUGAGAAGCGAACACCACAAAAAGUAGGUCCAGGUGAUAGAGCAGAAAUUAUAAGGCACCCAGACAAUUUAAAACCAGAAGGGGACUUUGUUAGACCACAGAAAGAGGUAACACCAACUAAGGGAGAAAGAGCUCCUAUUGUGAAGCCUCAAGACAAUUUACGUCCUGAAGGUAAAUUUGAAAGCCGUCCUAGAGAAGAGGCUCCAAAGAAGGGAGAUAGAGCUACUGUUGUGAGACCACAGGAUAAUUUGAAGCCUGAGGGUGAGUUUGAGCGUCGUCCUAAAGAGGAGUCACCAAAGAAAGGUGAAAGAGCACCUAUUGUCAAACCUAAAGACAAUCUUUAUCCUGAGGGUGAGUUUGAAAAACGACCCAAAGAAGAUACUCCUCUUAAGGGAGAGAGAGCUACAGUAGUCAAGCCACAAGAUAAUCUUAGACCAGAGGGUGAGUUUGAAAAACGACCUAAGGAUGAAACUCCAAUAAAGGGUGAGAGAGCUCCAGUAAUCAAGCAUCGUGAUAACUUGAGGCCUGAAGGUGAAAUAGAAACUUACAGAACCAGGGAUGAUUAUGUAGUUGUUAAAGGUGAGAGAGCAGAAAUUACCCGACAUGAAGAUAAUUUACAGGUUACUGGGGAGUUCACAGGAAUACGAAGGGAUGAUUAUAGGAUUGUACGAGGGGAAAGAGCUGAAAUUCAAAAGCAUACAGACAAUUUGAAAAUGGAAGGAGAGUUUAUUGACAUAAUGAGAAGGGAUGAUUAUAGAGCUGUCCGUGGGGAGCGUAGUGAAGUGAUAAAACAUACUGACAAUUUAUACUUAGAGGGUGAAUUCAUUGAUAUUCGCAGCAGAGAUGACUAUAAGGUUGUUAAAGGCGAACGAACUGAGAUUAAGAAAUAUGUUGACAACCUAUAUUUGGAAGGUGACUUUGAUAGACCGGAAAAACCAAAAUAUGGCCCUGGUGAACGUAGGACACCUAUUAGACAUGAAGACAACCUUCACCCAGAGGGUGAAUUUGAGAAACGAACUCCAGAAAAAGUGGGUCCAGGAGAGCGAGCAGAAAUAAUAAGGCAUCCUGAUAAUCUUAAGCCUGAAGGAGAAUUUGAAAAGAGACCAAAAGAAAAAACACCACUACGAGGUGAAAGAGCACCAAUUGUUAAACCAAAAGACAAUCUUAGACCUGAGGGAGAGUUUGAGAAACGAACACCAGAAAAGGUUGGUCCUGGAGAACGAGCUGAAAUUGUGAAACACCCAGAUAAUCUAAAGCCUGAAGGGGAGUUUGAAAGAAGACCAAAGGAUGAUACACCUCGUCGUGGUGAAAGAGCACCAAUAGUAAAGCCAAAAGAUAAUCUUAAACCUGAGGGUGAAUUUGAGAAAAGACCCAGAGAUGAUACACCUAAGAAAGGUGACAGAGCACCAGUUGUCAAACCUAAAGAUAACUUGAAACCAGAAGGAGAAUUUGAGAAGAGAACACCUGAAAAAGUUAAACCUGGUGAGCGAGCUGAAAUUGUAAGACAUGUAGAUAACUUAAGACCUGAGGGUGAUUUUGUUGAUUAUCGUUCAAGGGAUGAUUACAGAAUAGUCAAGGGAGAACGAAUGGAUAUUGUUCACCAUGAAGAUAAUUUAAGGAUGGAAGGUGAAAUUGAAAUACAUCGCUCUCGAGACGAUUAUAAUGCAACUCGUGGUGAACGAGCUGAAGUAACCGUCCACAGAGAUAACUUAAGAAUGGAAGGUGAGAUUGAAGAGUAUAGAUCAAGGGAUGAGUAUCGUAAGGUAAAAGCUGAAAGAUCUGAAAUUGUGAAGCAUGAAGACAAUUUGAAACUUGUUGAGGCAAGGUUUGAUGAUACACGCACCAGAGAUGAUUUUAAGGUGGUGAAAGGAGAAAGAGCCAUUGUAAAAAAACAUGAAGACAAUCUUAGAAUGGAGGGUGAAUGGGAAAUUAGACGAAGAGAUGAUUAUUCAGCGGUCCGUUCAGAAAGGACAGAGGUUGUAAAACAUGAAGAUAAUCUACGAGUUGAAGGUGAGUUUAUAGACCAUAGAUCCAGAGAUGACUAUAGAGUUGUUCAAGGAGAAAGAUGUAAGAUUACAAGACACCCAGAUAAUUUGAAACCAGAAGGUGAAUUUGAAAAACGCACACCAACAAAAGUCUUGCCUGGAGAACGGAGAACACCAAUUAGACAUGAAGACAAUCUUCGACCAGAGGGUGACUUUGAAAGACGAACACCAGAAAAGAUUAGACCAGGUGAACGGGCAGCUGUUGUAAAACAUCCUGAUAAUCUGAAGCCUGAAGGAGAUUUUGAUAGACCCAGAAAAGACAGAUAUGGUCCUGGUGAACGCAGAACACCAAUUAGGCAUCCAGACAAUCUUAAACCGGAAGGGGACUUUGAAAGACCUGAACAUAGCCCAUACCAACCUGGUGACAGAGCUCCAGUUGUUAAACACCCUGAUAACCUCUAUCCUGAAGGAGAAUUUGCAACCCCAACUAUGUAUCAAGUGGGCCCUGGAGAACGUAGAACACCCAUUAGGCAUCCUGACAAUUUGAAACCUGAGGGAGAUUUUGACAGACCUAAACAAAUCCCUCUUGGUCCAGGUGAGCGCCAGAGACCAAUCAAGCCAACUGACAAUUUAAGACCUGAGGGAGAUUUCACUAAGAAAACACCAAUUAGAGUGGGUCCUGGAGAAAGGGCUGAAAUUAUCAGACACCAUGACAAUUUGAGAGUUGAGGGAGAAUUCCAAGGCACACCUCAUAUGAGAGAGGAUUUCAAACCUGGAAAAGGAGAGAGGGCUGUGGUACAUAAACCAAAAGAUAAUCUGCAAAUAGGUGAAGGAGAAUUUGAGCAAACUACAUUGAAAAAAUCAGAAUUUAAAGUUGUUAAGGGAGAACGAGCAACGACUAAACGAUAUGAGGACACUCUUAAAGUAGGAGAAGGACGAAUGGAUACCACAUCGACAACUAAAGAAACUUUUACUACUUUGAGGAAGGAUAGUGUACCAUCUGGUAUUAAUAGAAGACGACAUAUUGAAUCUCAAAUCACUCUUGGAGAUGAUAAAUCAACAAUGGCAAUGUACAAUCGUAAGGCUUACAGCAGCGACAAGGAUCUAACUAGUCACCACCAAGAUGUUCAGCAUGCUACAGAAACAAGAACAUUAGCUGAUGGUAGAACAGUCAUUGUUACUAAACAGGUUACUAAGUCAACUACAGGCGUUGAAAGGAAAAUGCAGCAAUCUGAAGAAUCUCGACAACACAUUUCUAAAUCACAACAGUAUAUAUCAGAGGAACAACGAAUAUUGAAUGAAAAUGCUAGAAGGGAAUCUAAUGUUAGAGAAUCCCGAGAAAUAGUACAAAAUGGACAUACAUCACACGUUGGUAAUGUUUCACAUGUCAGUCAGGCUAUGAUCGAUGAAGCACGACACACUCAGAUGCGACAGCAACAUGAGGCACAUACAACCCAGCGGUCUCAUUCUACCCAUCUCUCUGAGCAGCAUUUGUCAAAGUCUUCUUCAACACAAAGUAUGAAGCAAAUCAUGGAACAUGAGGCAAGAGUUUCUGGUCAGUAUCAACAGCAGGUAAGAUCUGGUUCAUCCAGUAACAUUCAUCACCACUCAACCUCCCACAUUCAAGAGUCCAAUCUCCGUGAAAGUCACAGUGCGGAAACCUCAUCAGUGAAACGACUUUCUACAACUCAAAUGACAAGUCAGCAACGAUUAGAGAACAGUAAACGGCACUCCAAGAGCAGAACUAGCACUGAGUUUCUGCAUGCCUUAGAAGGCACAGGACCUGUUGAGCCAGUGAGACAAUCCGAUGGCUAUCAUCGCAAGAGUGUAAUCACAUCCUCGGCAACAGACCUCAGCAAUUCUAUCCUGCAUCGCAAGGGAGUUCAAUCUUCCACAGAGGCACUCCAUACAAUAUCGUCUACAGCCUCUCAGCAGAAAAAGAGUCUCCAAAAUAUUGAUGUUUCACAAAUGUCUUCUCACCAGGAAGGCAGGAAGAGCUUGAGUUCUAUCUACAGACAAGGUGGAAUGAGUGAGGUUCAUCCUGCUGGAGGAGUUGUCAGAAGGCAGGACAAUCUGAGUGUUGGAGGAGGAAGAUUCUAUGGACAGAGUGAGGCCAAAGCUUAUGGAAACUUUGUGACAACCGAGCGAGUGACCAGAGUACGUGCAUCUAAUGCUUCUCACUUUAGUCUUGGGGGUGAAUCUCAACAAGUCAUUGGCACCUCAUAUAGAAAAGAAUUCACUCCUCGAGUUACUGGUCCUUGCCCAGCCACUCUAAUCGACUCUAAACAAGCUCCAUUCAAACACACUCGAGACACGACUAAGCAUAAGUUCUAUCUGCCUAAAGUUGCCAACUGAGCCAUUUGUAAUAUCAGUUUUUAACCAGCAAUAAUGUAGAAGUAAUAAUAUAUAUAAAACAUUAGUAAAAAUUUCUGUAGUAUAUCACACUUGAAGGACUGCCUUUGGAUAUGACUGUGAUAUAGAAUACCGUCCUAUAAAAUCUUCCACUUAGAUUUUAUAUCGAUUUAGGUAUUGGGAAUUUCUUUGUGACUUUUCUUAACAAGUCAUUCAUUUCGGUGCAUUUUUUUUAGAUUUGUAAUUUUCUUAGUCAUAUUAUUACAAUACAAACAUUAUUACUUGUUUGAAAUUUAUUUUAAAGUUUGUGCUAUAUUUUGUUUCCUGAGUAAUUGUUAGGUGCUUUUGAUGAAUUAAGUGAUAAAACUUAUAUAAAAAUCUAUCUUCUUAAAUGUGUUAUUUGUUGAAUUUUUAAUAUUAUAUUGUUCCUGUACUAAUGCUUAGCCUCUUAGAAAUUAUAAAAUAUAUAUUUAUAGUGUUGAAUUUUAUAUUUUUAUAUUGUUCCCUAUAUUAUGGAUCUAAGCUUGUUAUUAGAUUUUAACCUUAGAUAAAGCUUGUAUAAAAAUGUUGGAUUACUUACAGGGUUAUAUGUGUAAAAUAUUCUUGUAUAUAUUUAAUAUAUUGAUUUGUUAUUUGUUCAAUUUACUGCAAAGCCCAUAAUGUUACUAACAAAUAACAAUAUAGUUUAUUAUAUUUGUUACUAAUGAAUAGUUGUUGAUUGUGCACACUAUUUUGGCAAGCUUGUUAUAACUAUAUUUUAUUAUAUCACUUAUGUGAAAAAUUAUUUGUGUUUAUUUCUGUUAUUGUUGUUUAGUUUGCUUUAUAAUUUUUUUUAACUUUAUAGGUUCUGCAUUACAUUUGAUUUAUUGAAUAAACUUAUGUUUUAUUGAC